UAUUGUCUUGUUCCUAAAUUCAUUCUUAUCAAACGAAAAUACUAUACUGAAGUAUACAACGUCGUUCCUUCAUAUUUUCACGUUCAGAUGUUGUUUGUUUAGUUAUUGGUGAAUUACGAAGUUUCUAACAGCCAAAAUGGUUGCCAAUACGUCUACUGCAACAGUUCGGACCCGUAAAUUUAUGACUAACCGUCUGCUAUGCAGAAAACAAAUGGUUGUUGAUGUUAUGCAUCCUGGUAAACCCUCCCCUAAAAAAACUGAUAUUCGGGAAAAAUUGGCUAAAAUGUUCAAAGUUCUUCCUGAUGUAGUAUUUGUUUUUGGAUUCCAAACGUGCUUUGGUGGUGGAAAAUCAACUGGUUUUGCUCUCAUCUAUGAUACAUUAGACCAUGCUAAGAAAUUUGAACCUAAAUACAGACUACAAAGGCAUGGACUAUAUGAAAAGAAAGUACAAACAAGAAAACAGAGAAAGGAAAGAAAGAACAGAAUGAAGAAGGUCCGAGGUACCAAAAAGACUAAAGUUGGCGCAACAUCUGGCAAAAAGUAAACUAAUUGUUGGAAGUGUUCAAUUGUACUUUGCAGAGCUGUUUAUUUGCUUGUAAAUGUAAAUAAAACACUUCAUUAAUAAA